AUGUUGCUUGCGGAGAGUGUUUGGGCUGUCUGGUGCCUCUGUCUACUCACAUCAGGUGAGCGGAGUGAGCACAGGCCAGGGUCCCAAGCUGUCUUGGGCACCGACGCGGACUUUGCGGAAGUCUCCCACGUCGACCUCCCGGCGUACGGCCAAGCCUCCGGGGAUGUUCGUCCUUCUGGUGUCCUGGAGCUGGAGGCUACGCAGGGCAAGGAAGAUGCACCGUGUCCCAGAGUGCGUGCCGUGCUGGAAGAGCUGGGAGUUCCACCCGCUGCACUCAAUGGCCCCAAAGGUACCUGGCGUGGGAUUACCUGGGCCGACCGCUUUCCGCAUGCAAUCAGCCACCUAGGUGGCAAGCCCGGUCUAUGCGACGUGCGGGGUAUUAGCCUGGAGGGACGGCCGCUAAAGGGACGGCUGCCGCCAGAGCUGGGUUCAUUGAGAGAGUUCCAGGGCUUGCAGAAGCUUGCCCUAGCAAGGAUCAAGGGCAUAACUGGGAACAUUUCGUGCCUUGGCAACCUGACGCUACUUCGGACCGUGUACCUGGCUGACACGGCAGUGUAUGGAGAUGUGGGUGCGUUUUCGCAGCUCUCUGACCUCUUCGUGCUGGUUCUCUCCGGCACGGCCGUAGGCGGCGAACUCGCGUCAUUGAGGAACAUGGUUACAUUGUCAGAGCUGGAACUGGCCGGAACAGCGGUGACAGGAGAUUUGAGAAGCCUUACAGUUUUUCAGUUUCCCAGGCUUGCGUGGCUGGAUUUGUCAGACACAAGAGUACACGGAGAGGUGGGGGCACUACGUGAACUUGACACCUUGCGGACGCUGAAGCUUUCGAGAACCGCGGUUCAUGGGGAUCUGGUGCACCUUCUGGAACUGCAGAAUCUCCAGGUGGCGAAAUUCGACUCCACGAAAGUCGCCGGGACUCCGAACUCGUCCUGGUCCUUCAAAUGGCCGAAGCUUCGCUUCUUGUCCUUGGCCGACUCUCCAGCGCGCUUCCUGUUCGAGAAUCUCUACCUUCGGCCGCCGGUGUUCUUCUUGAAGGACAUCCAAGAGAUCGAUGUUUCCGGCUGCCCGCUGAAUGGCCACAUCGAGCAAUUCCUUGACAUGUUUCGGGACUCGCUGAACCUUGCCCGCCUCCGCGCUACGCGCUGUAACCUGUCGGGUCAGGUGGACGACAUGAAGGGAACCAGGUUGGCGAACUCUUUGCUGCUGCUAGACCUCGCGGGGAACAACAUCACGGGGAUCACAGGCUUUCCAGGCAAGUCAAUUGUACAGGUGUCGCUCUCGAGGAACCCUCUCUUGGACAUGUCCAAGAGCGCGCUUCUUCAGAGCAUCAGGGAGGAGAUACAGGUGGACCUGAGAGAGAGCAUGAUGCGCGACGUGUCGGCUGUGCAAGAGCUCUUCGAAGAGGGGUGGCUGCAGGCAACUCCCGAGGCGGUCAUCCUGAACACAACUGCUAACUACUACUGCCAUGGGAUUACAUCACCAAGCCUGCGCAUCACGCCGGAGCUGUUUUUCCCGAUGCGGCUGUGUGCCUGCCUGCCGGGCUCGAGAGGAGUUGGCAUUCAUUGCGUGCCCUGUGCAGCCGACACCUUCUCCGAUCUGACCAACCAGACCGAUUGCAAAGCAUGCCCCAGGUUCUCACGGACAGCGCAAACGGGUGCAAGAACAGUGAACGACUGCCGCUGUGAUUUUGGAAGGAUUGGAUUGGACAAUGGCACCUGCGUGUGCGAGCGUGGCUUCGCGCUGAAUUUGGACGAGCUCGGCCAGCGCGACUGCUUGAAGUGCGACGAGUUCAACCUGGACUGCGAAGGCCCUGGACACACGCUGGCCGCUGCCCCGCCGAAGCCCGGCUUCGCUCGCCUGCAGCCCGGCGACACGCGGGGCUUCAGGUGCGCAGAGCCUGCAGAUCAGCACUGCAACAGCAGCAAAGAUUCUGGGCUACUGGGCUGCGCCGCCGGCUAUGCUGGGCCAUUGUGCGUCACCUGCAGCGAUGGCUACCGCAGCAAACGCAAGCUGUGCCGGAAGUGCGCCGACUCUGAGGGGAUCAGGAGAUCUCGGCUUCGGAUAGCUGCUGGCAUCUUAGGGCUCGGCACGCUGAUCGCAGCUGUUGCUGUGGUUGCCUUCUGGCGAAAGACACGGACACCUGUGAGGACACGCGCUGCACGGGACUCCGAUGGAUUCUGGGAGGUGCUUCGCCCGAUGCUGCGGGCCCAGAUGCGCAUACUCCUGCAGUUUGUGCAGCUUUGGGGUGUGCUUACAGCUCUAAACGAGAGCUUGUCUCUGUGGGAGCAGGAGUACGUGCAGUGGCUGCAGCUAACAGCUGGGGGCCUACAGGAUGCCUUCAAGCUGGAGUGCCCCUACGGGGGUGAGGACGCCCGCUUCGUGACCGCCCUGGCGGGACCCCUGGUGCCCCUGGCGCUGCUCCUCCUCUGCAUGCUGCUGGAGGCCGUCUCCAGGAGCAUGGGCAUCAGGCUCGCGCUGAAGUUACUCCCUUUCCUCUUCAUCGGUGGAGCCUCCAGCUGUGCACGACUCAUGAGCUGCCAGUACCACGAUGGAGGUGGCCAAGCUCUUGGAGAGGCUUCCUUCCGGGUGCUGUUGCCCCACCUGAAGUGCGAAGAUCAUGGCUGGCAGGCCACAUUGGCAGAUUGCGUUGGAUGGGUCUCAGCCGUUUCCUACGUCAUCCUCAUCCCGGGCUUCUUGCUAUACCUCCUGCGAAAGCAGAAGCGGGCAGUUGCACCAAGCAGGCGGUCCCUGGCAACUGCAGAGAUCCAGCAAAACGCCGCGGUCGUGCGCCUCCAUGCCUUCCAGGCGCGAGACGGCUCGCAGCCACACGGUCUCGACAAGGAGCCCAGGGGAGUAAGGCAUCUGCUUGCCGCGGCGAUUGCGCAUGGCACCGUGUAUUUUCGGGGGAAGGUGAGGCUGCAGCUUCAGGAGAACCAGAUGAUGCAUGUGCAGCUCCUGGGAGACGAUCAGGAGGGCCUUGACGCGGGGAAUGCGAGCACCCUCUCCGCGGUGGCCCAAAGAGACCAAGAGUAUGUGGACCAGCGCCGGUGGAUUAAAAUCACAAGGAUGCUUACAGAACGCUGCGUCUUCCAGGAUGCAGAGGAAAGUGACCGAGUAUUGGCAGGCGCGGAAAGCCUCUUCUGCAAAUACGUGACCUUCGAAAGUGUUUGGGUCGAGGUGGCACUCAAGCUGGUGUCCGCCGUGCUGGUCUCGGUGGUUGCGAGCCAAGAUGGCCUCCAGCUCUGCGUGGGUUUUACUCUGGUCACGGCAGCUUCCUUGGCGCUCUUCCAGCCGUAUGUUCAGCGGCAGGUUGGUGAAUUGUGA